AAGUCAGCUGAUCAUGUACGUUUCUUUUACAGACUUCCACAAUCACACUGGGCGAACCUCAUUGAUCUUUUGUCAUGACGAGGGCUUCAACGUCAGUGGCAGCUGAGCGAUCACAGUAUCCAACUACUUCUCAGAUUUCCAACCCAGACUUGGACACGUUUUGAAGGCCAUCAUGACUCUCAUGAAUCGGAACUGGAGCCAAAGUCAUGAUGUUUCUCAAAAUGCCUAGAUUCAAAAAAUACCAACUACGGCUAAUCCCAGUGUGCUUUAGUGCUUUACUGUUCAUGGUGUACUGGGAGAAAAUUGACAAUGACAUUGUAAGCCACGUAGUGUCUUUCUCUUACCGCCACCUUCUCAAUAGCUUCACGUUCAUUAACGCAAGCUUAAGAGUCAACCCCGAAGACGCCCUAAAGUACAGAUACCUCAUAAACCACGAGAGGAAGUGUGAUGAGAAAGACAUUCUGCUCCUGCUCUUUGUGAAAAGCUCCUCUGAGAACUUUGAAAGAAGACAGGCCAUUCGCUCUACUUGGGGAAAUGAGACGUACAUUGAGAGAACGCUGGGUGUUACUGUGAGGGUGCUGUUUGCUCUCGGCCUCCAUCCCGAACCAGAGUACAGAAGCAAACUUAAGAAGCGACUGUUCUUUGAGGACCAAAGAUAUCAUGACCUCAUCCAGCAGGACUUUAAAGACACCUUCCACAACCUUACUCUGAAGCUCCUUUUGCAGCUUGGCUGGAAAGAAAACUACUGCCACCAUUCCCAGUUCCUCAUGUCUGCAGACGACGACGUCUUUGUCCACAUUCCCAACUUAAUUCGCUACUUGCAAGGGAUCGGCCGCAGGAACGCCAAAGACCUUUGGAUAGGAAGGGUGCACCGCGGUUCGCCACCCGUCCGAGACAAAGAGAGCAAAUACUACGUGUCCCGGGACAUGUACCCGUGGGUGUCUUACCCAGAUUACACCCCUGGAUCUGGGUAUGUCCUUUCCAGAGACGUAGCUACCAGAAUCUAUCAAGCUUCACUCACCAUGAACGCUUCCUUUCACAUUGAUGACGUCUUUCUUGGAAUCUGUGCUAAAGUGAUGGACAUUUCUCCUAAGGAUCACUUGUUCUUCUCGGGAGAAGGAAAAGCUUCUUAUCAUAGUUGUAUCUACAACCAGAUGAUGACCUCACAUGGACACGUCAGCGAUAUUCGUGAAAUGUGGAAGCGUGUAACAGAAGCCGAAGUUGUUAAGGUGUCCUCAGGACUGAUUCGGAGGCUCUACUGCACUGUCAUGAAAGUGAGGCUCCUAUGUGUACCGUUUAUUUCAAAUUCUUACCCAUGUAAGGCAGCUCUUUUUUAACAUGACAUUAAGUAAAAGUAAAAAGAACCCUUUUGUAACAAGUGCACUGAUGUUGUGGUCAGGUUACUAUAGAAACUGUGUGCUGUACUUCACAGGACCA